UGUCCAGUGCUCAAUCCCUGUUUAAAGUUAACCAAAGACCUACCCACUGAAAGACAAAACCAAGAAGAAUCUCGACUUGCUUGUUUUUCAAGUUUUUACCAGGUUUUUCCAUUAUCUUGUUCUUUUUGUUUUUCUUUUCUUCCCAACACAAACCUCAAGGAAACUGUUUUUCUUCCAUACCUUGAUACCUCCAUCUCCAAGAUAUGAAAACCUAUACCUUUAUCUUCCACCUCUGAUCCAUGUUUCUUGAUUUUCUUUGAAGAUGGUUCAAAGAAAGGUACCCACAAAGCUUGGAAUCCAAGAUGAGCAUAUUAAAUCCGAGAACCGGUUGGGGAACCUCAAACAAACAUCUUGUCAGAACCAGGAUGGCAAGAACAGAGGACCAGAUAUGAAGAAGAGAAUGAAAAGAUCCAAAUCAAUCAAGCUUUCAGAUUUUGAGAGUUUGAAUUCAUCCCCUUUGAGGAAAACCUUGUCCCAGCCUGGAAAGCCACCUCCUCUCAGUGCUUCAACCGCUGCAGCCACCCCACAGAAGCAGCAGCCUAUUAUCAGAACUGGUGGAUCACCAAAUUACAUGAAGGCUACUUCCAGUUCUGAGGCAAGAAAGGAGCGUUCUCAGGUGAGUUCCUUGAACACUCCAACUGCUUCGGAUUGUAAGCAUCUACGUAGAAGAAAUUCAAGCAGUUCAAAACUUAGCUCUGCUUCAAGUAAUAGAGCAACAAGGACAUUAACCAAGUCAUCUAGUUUGAAGCUGGUGAGAACUUUAACAAAGUCUCCCAGUUUUAAGCCAGUGAGAAAUGCUGCAAGAAAACGUUCCAAGGUAGCUCUAUGUGCAGAUAUGGAUGUACGGAAAGCUACCUGUUCUUCAACUCUCAAGGACUUGAAGUUUCCUGCUUAUCUCAUGCUCAAUCCAGGGGGUACCGAGGCGGAAGGAACUUCAGUCAUGAAGGUCUGUCCGUACACCUACUGUUCGCUUAACGGUCAUCAUCGCAGUCCUUUGCCUCCAUUAAAGUGCUUCUUGAAGGCGAGAAGGCGUGCAAUGAAGGUCCAAAAGAGUGCAAAAUUGGAUGUUUUAUCCCCAUGUAGAGCCAAGGUGUUUGGUGAUGGAACAGAAGAAAUUAGAAAUCAACUACCAAUUUUCUCUGAUGACAAAGCACCACAUAAGGAAGCAGAUUCUACUAACUCGGCAAAAAUUCCUAUGGUAAAAGAAGUGGAUAUGGAUUUCUUUGUAGAAAUCUAUGCCAAAAAUGCAGCUGUUGGCCCUGAAGCAACUGAAAAGCACACGGGAGAGGAUGAUGUGGGAACCAACAGUUUUACUGGAGAACCCAAUAGAUGUGGUGGCGAAGAAGAAACAGCUGAACACGAGAACAUGGAGCAAGUUGAUGAGAACCUGUCGAAUGCAUUGCCACACCUGGAGACUGAUUUCAAGGAAAACUAUGGAUCGAAAAGUAAUAGUUGUAUGAUAGGGGACUUUCUUGCAGAACAAACAGCAGAUGUGAAUGCAGACUACCCAGCUCAAGGAGGAAGAAAAACAAAAAAGUACGACAAAGAAAAUCAAACCGAAGGGGAAUGCCAUGCAAACAUGGAGGAAGAUGAUAGCAUUACUGAUAUGGAGUGGGAGGAGGGGCGAUUGCCUACCUCAUGUUUUGAUAUAGAAGCUCAUUAUUUAGACAAGUCUGACAAAGAAUCUUGUAUCAGUGAUGAGUGCCUGUCAGACAUCAAAAAGUUUAAUUUGACUGAAGAACCUGAUAUCACGAGAUCAGAUGACAUAAUUAGCAACUGCACUGAGGAGAUUCUAGCUGAUGAGGUAUUGCAAGAACUCUUUGAAGAAGAAACCGCCUCCUCUAUCACACAUUGGAGUGAUAGUGAUUCCACAAGUGAAGGAACGCUACAGACUUGGGAGAUCCUUGAGACUGCCCAAGUGGCUGGUGAUAUAACUUAUGACAACCAACUUUUUUCCAUUGAAUAUGCAUUUGAGGGACCAACAACAGUGGAAGAGAAGAGUGAAGAUAUGGAGAAAGGUUCAACUGUUGCUGUGACUGCUUCAACUUCAAUGGAGUCAAUUGUGGAAUCAACAGCAGUCGAUGAGAAUAAUCAGGAGGAUGGACCUUGUGAAACAGAGCAUGGUAUCUUUGAAAAUAAUCCUCUACUUGGUGAUGCAGAAAAAGAUUGCAAUACUAAUGUAACAACUGAAGCUUUGAAAGGUCACCAAGAAGAUAAAUCACUUCGAGCCAAAGACACAACUGAGUUGCUUCAAGGUCAAAAUGUUUCUUCUCAGACUUUGGAUGAGAUAGGCAACGCUGGAACAAAUGAAGGCCAGAAGUCCAGGGAGACGCAAACUGAUCAAAUAUUGGUUGUCACUACUUCCACUAUAAAAGAAGAAGAGCAAGUUGUCAAUGUCAAAUUGUCCAUGGGUGUCCAAAUUUCUGAUUCAUCUGAGAGUUUCUCUGAAGCAGAUCAAGAGGAUAUUGAGGACAAUGACACUCAAAACCAGAUAACUGCUGAAGACAGCAGUUCAAGUGAAGAGCGUCUCAAUCAACACAUUCCAGCUAAGGAUGUGCAGAAUGAGAACCAGAGCCUAUUGGGGGAACAUGAAGGGGGUGCUAACAAAUUCAAAAUCGGAAGUUCCAAGGAUUCUGAGGAGCAGAUUGAUUCAAGCAUACAUCAGAUAAGUUCAGAAAGAUGCCAUACAGGAGAAGUUGAGAAGAAGGAAGUGGAACUCUGCAAUCAGUCAGAUACAGCAGAAACGUUCUUUGCAGCCACUAAUGGAAUUGGUGCAGGAUCAAAGAGAAAAUCCCUUUACAAAGGAAGCAAUUCCCGCCAAGAACUUGCCAGUACCUUUAACAACAGGAAGUGGAUGACCAAAUGCAAGAAACCCAUCAUGGACUUGGAGGAAGAGCGGAAAUUCAACCCGAGAGAACCAAAUUUCCUUCCUGUUGUUCCUGACCCAGAGGCAGAGAAGGUCGAUCUCAGGCAUCAGAUCAUGGAUGACAGGAAAAAUGCCGAGGAAUGGAUGCUUGAUCAUGCACUCCAACAAGCUGUCACCAAACUUGCUCCUGCUAGGAAAAGGAAGGUCGCACUUCUUGUUGAAGCUUUUGAAACAGUCUUGCCUAUACCCAAAUAUGAAACUCAUAUCAGGCAUGCAUCAACAGCCUUUUCUCACACAAUAAGACCUAUUCAAGCAUGCAGCUGAUGGCACUUUCAAAGGUGAUGAUAAAAAGAGAGCAGCUUUGGUACAAUCUACCUACAGUAGGUUGCUAGUCUAGGGAGUAUUGUCAUAGUCAGAGCAAGGCUUAUGAUCUAGGAGUAAACAACUGAUGUUUACAGAGCAACUAAUACCUUCAGCUUAUACAAAGAACUGAAGAAAACACUUGGGAUGGUGGUUGAAUGGAGAUUGAAGUGUAGAUACAUGCAGUUAAUUGUUUUUCCUAAGAUCAUUGGGUGAAGAACUAGCUAAGACUUUAAUAUAUAUUUAACUAGCAAUAUCAAAUAUGGUGUUUGAGUUAUUUGGUGUUAUAGGAGGGAACUGCACCUCCAACUGGUGUUAAUUUUAAACUGUUACUCUCUGCUUAAUAUUAUAUACUGUAGUAAGAUUGUUGUAA